UGUGCUUCCUUUUUUCCUCGCUCAUCAAAGCUUUUUCGGGCAGUUUUGAAGUUUUGUUUUGAGUUUUGUCUUAUUUAAAGUUUUCUCAACAAUUAUUACACGAUGACAGUGCUGUAAUACUGCUGCCUCGAAAUGUUUCUCUUCAAAUCGGUUCAAGACCCACCUAUAUGACAGACAGCGAAACCAAAAUGGAUUUGUUUCUAAUGGAAGACUGAAAAGCAAUGUCCAGCAUAAUGAUGGGCUUUUCAUAUGAAAAACGAUCUCUUAAGAGAUCAAGGUUGGGCCCACCUGAUGUGUACCCUCAAGAUCCCAAGCAAAAAGAGGAUGAAUUGACAACUAGCAAUGUCAAGCAUGGCUUUUCAACUCAGCCUCAGCCCGAGGAGUUCGGAACCGCCAGGAACAUGAACAUCACAGCUUCCAAGAUUGGUGCUUUUUUCAAUGCCAUUCUUAGCAAAAAAGAGGAGUUGAAUACCUUACCCGACACCGGGCGCAAGCGUCAGCAAAUCAAUACCAAAGACAAUUUCUGGCCGGCAACAGCUCGGACGAAAAAUGCUGUUGAAGCUUGGUUCAAGGAUCUAGCAGCCAGUAAACCUUUGAUUUCUCUGUCUAAAAAGGCUCCGAACUUCAACAAAAAAGAAGAAAUUUUCAUGAUGCUGUGUGAGUAUCAAGUUCCGAUGUUACGAGCUGCCUGGUUCAUUAAACUAAGUUCAGCCUACACGACUGCUGUCUCAGAGGCCAAAAUGAAGAAAAGGCAACUACCAGAUCCAACGCAAGAAUGGACGCAGACCUUAAUCAAGUUUAUGAAAGAGCAGUACGCAAAAUUGCAAGAUUACUAUCACCAGUCUCUGCCCACCAAUAUACAGUCACUAGUACCUGAUGAGCAUAAAUUAACAUUGAAACAUUGGCAAUACUGUGUACAACUAACCAAACAUAUGUACCAGGAUGGUUUAUUGGACAAACAAGAGUUGCUGAAUUGGAUCCUAGACCUUCUUGAGAAGUCCAGAUCGGGUACCAACAAUGAAGAUAAUAUCCUAAAGCUUUUCAUCCCUUUCACUCUCCAGUACAUGCACGAGUUUGUACAAUCAGAACUGCUGGCCCGUAAACUUGCAUACUUUGCCACAAGAAAACUGGCUCAGCUAUGUUCAAACGCAGAGCUAACCACACCUAGAAUCCAGGACAGUCCUUCUGUGCAGCAAAACGCCAACAGCAGUAACAAUGCCACCAGUAACAACAGCGGUAACAACAAUAGUAAUAGCAUCACAAGUAGCGGCACCAAUAGCAGUGGCAAUAAUAGUGGUAGCGGAAACAGCAAUUGUAAUGGCACAGGUGGUGGAAAUAAUUUGAAUAGCUGCAGUAGUGCUCUCAUGGCAACGUUCAGUGAAUACCUAGCGUGUUCUCAUCAUAGAGACAUCAUUCUAGGACUCAGCUGUAUAAUACAGGUCAUAACUUUAGAAUGUCCCACGGCACUAGUUUGGAAUUGCAUAGGCGAGGGCAAGUCUCCUUCUGUUCUCAAUGGCUCACCUUUAGAUCAUUUACCUUGCACUCCAGCAGCUUUACCCAUGCCCCACCGUACAUCAAAUCCGCACAUUAGAAACCAGCUACGGCUCGGCGAAGAACUCAUCCGGCAGAGAAGUCUAGCUGCGGAAGGCAGAUGGUCCUGUGAUAAGUGGCAACAGACAUCUGCAGGUGCAACCACAACUAGAGUACUUGCAGUACUAGAUACCUUAGAUAGACACAGCUUUGACAGAGUGGAUGCUACAAACUCCCUUGAAACACUCUAUGCCAAAAUAUUUGCACCCACACCAACAUCAGCGGGAACGAAUAAGGAUUCACCAAACGCCACGGACGCUACAAAAGAAGAUAAUGUAAAAGAAAGUCGGACCGACUAUAAUGUGUCUGAAGAUGAAGCCGUGGUUGGGAUUUUGUGCGAGUGGGCUGUGAGCGGACUACGGUAUGGGGAGCAUCGAGCGAUGGCUGUCGCAAAAUUGUUGGAAAAACGCCAGCAGGAGAUCUUGAACAUAACAAACCAUAGCAAUGAGACGGAUCAGGGCGACGACAAAGACUCAACUGCAUCAUUACCUGCAGGGCUCCCCAUAUUCCAGCCAUUACUCAUGAAGUUCUUGGACAAUGAUGCACCUGUUUUAGAUGACAAUCCAACACCUCAGAAUAAAACAGUGUUCACCAAUCUUGUUCACUUGUUUGCGGAAUUAGUACGUUGUGAUGUGUUCUCUCAUGAUGCUUAUAUGUGCACGCUCAUUUCUCGUGGUGACCUGAACACGAGCAAUCCAGCAGGUAUGGCAGCCCGCUCAGGAAUCACCAAACAAGCAGACACGUCUGGAACCAGUGGGCAUGAUGACGAUGCCCUUCCUUUCGACCUGAAACCACCAAAAUUAGAAGACCAUAGCCGACCUAUGGAUUAUGACGAUGAUUGUAAAAUUGACUAUGACCUAGACAAGUUACUGCAACAUAUCAAAGAAGAGCAGCAAAACUCAAUGGACGGCCCUGAGUCCCCGAAAGAUGUGCAUGGGGUAUUGGGAAUGGGUGACUCACACCAUCUCAUUAAAUCUAAACCGUCACGCCAUUUGCUGUACACGACGCAUUUUCCAUUGCCGCAGGAUGAGUCAAGUGCCCACGAUUGCAAUCAGCGUCACGUAUUGCUUUAUGGCUUUGGCAAAGUUCGGGAUGAAGCCAGGCAUCAAAUCAAGAAAAUAGUGAAAGACAUCGGCAAGCUUUUCGGCAAGAAAUUUAGCAUUGAUGUAGCAGAUGGUAAAGUAAAAAAACACUCGCGAAGUGACUUCAAUUUUGAGGCAACAACUGCACGGUUCCAGGCUCUGUCCUACUUUGACCAGCACUACGUUACGUGGCAAUGCAGUGUGACAAUUUUAGAACUCAUCAGCGCUUUUGAAUCUGGUGUUUCAAACUACCUUCCUGUACCUGAACACGUCGCAUUUUUAUUUGACCUGAUGGAGCUUGCAUUCAACAUUUAUGGAUUGAUCGAUUUAUGUCUGCAAAUUUUGAAAGAGAUUCCAGAAGUAGAAUCGCAGUUGGCCGCUAAGAAUUCUGUUUUGACAAAAAGCUAUACAAAUUUAAUGGUGUUGUACAUAGUUGGAGUUUUAAGGCGAUAUCAUGCUUGCCUGCUCUUAUCACCCGAGCAAACAAUUGGUGUGUUUGAGGGCUUAUGUCGUGUUGUAAAGCAUGUCGCCAUACCAGGUGACUGUUCCAGUGUUGAACGGUGUGUUCUUUCACACUUGUAUGAUCUGUACUCGUCUUGUUCUCUGCUAAAAUCUCGGCCACAUGGAGGUGAUCCAUUUAGCAAUGCUUAUCCUAAAAUCAAGCAGGCAUUGUACACGUCAUUGACUCCAUCGCCUAGUAAUCACACGGCCUGGAACUCAACUUUCAUGGUGGAUGUUAUUCAGACGUACAAAAGAGGGGCAAAAAUUGAGCCAAUCUGGGCACGCCAACUUGCAGAGCACUCUGCUAACCGUUACAGCUUGGUGUGUAAUGCCGUUAUUGCCCUUGUCAGCGAAACCCAAGAUAUUGAUCGUUUGAAUGAUAUCGCCAUCUUGUGUGCAGAAUUAACUGCGUGUUGUAACAUGCUCUCUACAGAGUGGCUAGGAGUGCUGAUGGCUUUGUGCUGUUCUUCAAAUCAUCCCUCCUACUUUGGUGAUGUGUUGUCUCGGGUUGAUGUACAAGACCUCAGUAUACAUAAUCCUCUGGCUGUCUUUACCUGUAUUCUAGUUGCUAGGCAUUGUUUUUCCUUAGAAGAUUUUGUUGCUCACGUUGCGCUUCCAUCUUUACUAACUGUUUGCAAUGAAGGUCGUAGGGACGCAGACGAUGAUGCAGAAGCGGGUGCAAGAUUAACAUGUCACUUACUUCUACGGCUCUUCAAAACUGUUGAAGUUCCUCAACCUGGUCUUUAUUCUGUUGGCACCUCACCCCACCCUGUCCCUACUCCAGGAGUACAUUCAAGUAUCAAGCUAAGCUGUGAUAGGCACCUGCUGGCAGCAGCCCACAACAACAUCCGUGUUGGGCCGGUCCUGGCAGUUUUGAAGGCCAUUCUAGUCGUUGGUGAUGCAACAGCAAAUCGCCCAAGCACCUCCAUCAAAAGGUCACCAUCUGCUCUACAGGCAAAUUCUGGAGGCAGUAAACUCUCAGGGGAACUUAGUAUAUCUCACAUACUGGGCACAUCAGAUCUCAACUCCACAGACCAUUUCCUAGAUCUAGGUGGUGGAGGAUUCGGAGGGAUGGAUGCCAACGCUCCAAACCUAUCUGAUUUUGCUCAAUUAGUACUCAAAGAAAUAUGUAGUCAAGAAUGGGUUCUGGAACACUGUCUCCAAAAUCCAGAGGAGCUUUGCCAGGAAGAUCUGCUUCUAGAUAGUAUGCUGACUCCAAAACAGGCACAAAGGUUGCUGCACAUGAUCUGUUAUCCGGACAGGCCAGCCUCAGAAGCAAAUAUGGAUUACAAGACCAUUAUUGUAAAUAUUUUAGAGAAUUUAGAUCAAUGGACGCUUCGAAUGUCUUGGUUGGAUAUGCAAUUAAUGUACAAGCAGUUUUCAAACAGCCCAUCCGAGUUAAACCAGUGGCUUGAUACUGUUGCCAAAGCAACCAUUGAUGUAUUUCAAUUGACUUCUCCAAACUCAAAGGGUGAAGCAGCUGAAAUGAAAGGGAAACCAGAAUCUAUUUGGCUUGUUGCUCCACUGGUUUCAAAAUUAUCGAGUGCAGUUCAGGGCCGCCUUCUGAAAGUUGCAGGUCAGGUGCUAGAAAACGGAGUUCUUCAAGGGACGCCAAGCAGUAGUAGUGGGCGAAACAAGGGUUCUCAAGGUCGCAGCAACCAAACAACGUUGCUGAGUCAUCAUCAACCAUUUCUCUCUCUUGUGCUCACUUGUUUAAAAGGCCAGGAUGAUGAAAGAGAGAGUUUACUCACAUCCUUACACUCACAACUCUCUCAGCUGCUAUCUGUACCAAAAGAGGAGAGAUUGGCAGACAUGACCAAAAGUUCGAUCAACAGUGCUCUGUUGUUACGGUUUAGUCUUGUAGGUGGAAUGUUCGAUACGAUUCAACGGAGUACAAAUUUAACCACAGACUGGGCUGUCUUACUCGUUCAGCUUGUAACCUAUGGAGUCAUUGACCUCAAUAAUAACUCUGAACUCUUCAGUACAGUCGUUGACAUGCUGGCAACAUUGAUUCAUUCAACUCUCGUCUCAGAUUCUUUGUCUGAAAAAGGAGAAGAAAAUCGCAAGCAUCACCAAAAUCUCAUAAAAAAAUUGAAGAAGGAGAUCGGCGACCGUAUUUCACCAUCAUUAGUGCAUGUGAGGCAGUUGCUUCCACUAACAAAAACGCAAUGUGAAGUAAUUGCGUCUGAACAGAUCGGUUGCCUAACAGACACAAAAGGCAAUAAAAUCGCAGGAUUUGACUGCAUUGAUAAAAAACGGGGUCUUCAAGUAUCUGAGAAGCAAAAAGUGAGUCCAUGGGAUCUUCUGGAAGCCCACAAGAAUCCAGCGCCUCUUUCGUGGGCUUGGUUUGGUGCCGUGCGCAUCGAACGCAAGCCCUUGUGGUAUGAGGAAAAUCACCGUCUCCUAAAAUUCCACACUCAUUCCCUCCUUAAACCAUCCUCCUAUUUCCUCGAACAAAUCCCCUUACCUCCUGAGGACCUGGAGCCUCCCCAGGACAAACCAUGUCCUUGUGUGUAUUGCAACCAGAUGAAAGGAAACCUCACAGCAGGAGCAGAGCCACCAACAGCAGUCGACCAAUCACCUCGCAGCGGAGUCAAGCGUGGUGCCAAGACCCCAGCUGUCGGACCCCCGCGCCGGAAAAAGCAGCCGACUAAACCCAUCACACCGACCGGACCCAUGCCACCAGGCAUGCAUCCUAAUCAAGUCCAGCAACCGAAUCAACCCGGUAUGCAUGUUAGUAACUAUCCGAAUCAAAACCAAGGUGGAGCCAUGUAUCCUGGCCCGAUGCAGCCUGGUCCCGGCCCGGGCCAGGGUCCUGGCCCUGGAGCUCAAUGGGGUUACGGACAACAACAUGCACCUCAGCAGCCACCUAAUUCAUACUACUCGCAACAACUUCCUCCACAAGUGGCUGGAGGUGGACCAAGAUUCGAACGACCUGUGAGUCACACGAAACAAGCCCUGUCGAAUAUGCUACGAAUUAGAGUGCCACCAAACCAGUAUAUGAGUGGCGGUCAGGCUGGUCCAGUACCUGGCCCGGGCGGCCCUGGAGGUCCCGGAGGUCCAGGUGGUCCCGGCGCUGGUCCUGGUCCUGGUCCGGGACCUGGACCAGGGCCUGGCCCGGGAAUGCCUCCCAAUUUCCAAGGAAUGCCAAGGCCGCAGUUCAUCAGGCAACAACUUAGGGCUCAGCAAGGUGUUGGCAUGCCUUCGCAGCAGGGUGGACCAGGUCCUAUGUACCCUCAACAACAACAACAGCCUGGCGGAAUGUAUCCUGGUGGAAUGCAGCAACAAGGAAUGAAUCAAAACUAUGGAGGUUAUGGGAAUCAACAAGGAGCAGGUGGAGGCAUGAUGUUCCCACAACAGCAGCAACAACAACCGCCCCAGCAACAGCAACAACAGCCGCCACAAGGCUUUCCUCCCAUGAGACAAGCUGAAUACCAGCAACGUAUGCGUCCACCAUACAUGCAGAACCCUCAAAUGCAACAAGCUCCAAAUGUUACAAUGAACACUAUGGGUCCUCUUGGUCAGCAAGGUCAGUCAGCGCCUCCUUAUAGUCGACCUAACCAACAGGGUGGCCCACAACAGAAUCAACAUUUCCAGCAGCAGCAAAUAAACCAAAACCGCAUGCGACAGCAGCUUAUGGCCAUGCAGCAACAGCAGCAACAACAACAGCAACAGCAGCAACAACAGCAGCAACAGAACCAGCCUACGCUAGUUGCUCACCUCCAGCGCCAACUUGGCAACCAGCAGCAGUAUCCUAUGCAGCAGCCACCUCCGUAUUGAAGCAACAAAGAUCUCAGAAGAGAUCUUUAAUCAUGGAUUUCUUGUUUCAUUUGUACCAGUAGUUUCAUGCUUCAAGCCACCAUAUCCCAUAGCGAAUUCCAAUUUCCUGGGAAGGAACUCGCAAAGGUUUGAGCCCAGUCUUAAUUAGCCCACUGGCCCCAAUGUCACUUCGAUAGUUUCUUUUAUGCAUGAUUUUUAGGUUACUCUGCAGAAGUUAUCAUAAACUCGAGUUGUUUUGUCUGAGUAUUUUUAACGUCCAUCUCUUAUCCACUUUGAAGAGAGUGCUUCAAUUUUCUCUUUUACUGUAACUGUUUUGAACUAAUGUUGACCUUUUCAUACUUUUUCACAUGUCGACACCAUAGUAUGUAAUGUAAAAAUCACGGUUAGUUUUAGCUGUGCUUUAGAAACGUGCAAUUAUCUCUAUCCAAAUUUCUCAAAAUCCUAGUAAUUCAUCUUGAUGUAACUCGUAUAAUCUUAAAGAUCAUGAAAUGCUGGAAAUUUAUUUUCCAGCUCAAAUUCUGACCAAAACUUAGGAGAGUUCAAUCUUGAUCAAGCCACAGGCCCUUUUCAGCCAAGCAAAUACUCAUAUUACUACAGGUCGUUUUGUUAGAAAUUGGCGCAGGGAGGUAAAAUCUAUACUUUUUAAAUACCUUUCACAUGCUUCCCACCUUUGAGACAAAGGGAUACGAAGUUCGAAAGGGGAUGGUCAGGAAGAAAUUAUACAAUGUUUAUGUAUUGCCUCAGAAAGCAGUGUUUCUAUUUACAGCUCAGACAUUUUUUUUGUUUUUAAAUGUCUUGCUUUGUUAUUCUGAAGUCUGAAGCUCACAGGUGUAAAAACUCAACAGGCAUUAUGGUUGGCACAUUGAUGACAACAGGCAUUGAUGGAUUAGGUUUGACUGAAAACAAAUCAUUUUUUUGUUGGUAUAUGACAUGAAUGCAACCUGUACUUUACAUGCCUGUAUGGACGCCUCUGUAAGUAAGCUCUAUCUCUGUUUUCGUGAGAGACCGUACAACUCAUAGUUUGUGUACAUGAGCUCUAUCGAUAUGUAAGUGAAAGGAAGCUAACUGCUACUGCAUAACUCAAGGACUUUUUUUCCCUAUAAUGUUUUCUGCAGUUGCCACGUCCGCGUCUGACUAUUAUAUACAAUGUAGGAUUUCAUGCACUUUUGCUCCAUCAACUAGAUAGUGGUAUAACAGCUGUACUGAAGCUGUAAUCAAUAUCUGGCCAGUACGUCCUUUGCAAGAGAUUUUUGUCCCCUUUCUGCUGAGUAAACCCAUAUCAACAAUCGGAACAGAAAAUUAAAGAAUUUCUGACACAAGACAAUGAUCUCUUGUCUAAAAUAUUUGCCAUUUCUUCAUAAACUGUUCUCUUCGCAGGUUUCGAAGUGCAAAGUUUACUUGUUUUCUUUAAGAGAUGAAAUUAAGUGAUCUAUACAUAUUAAGAAAAAAUUUGCAAAUUUGUAAAAAUUAUUUAUUAAAUUUUCCAGAUAGAUAAUUUAUCGAUUUAUGUUUUAAUUAGUUUUAUUGUUCAUGAUAAUGGAAAGUUAGGUUUAUUGUGCGGUCAGCUUGAUCAUUGAGUUGUUUAUUAUUCAAUUUAACUUUUCUCAUGACUUAACAAAAAUACCAUUCCUUUUUCAAAUGAACAUUUGUUUUACCAUUAUCCAUCAAUCAAGCGGACAUCCUUAAAUCUCGAAUGAAUCAUCAGUGGUGUAAACUGAGAUUUCCCAGGCUAAAUUUCACUUUUUUCGAAUGGACUCUAUUAAGAAUUAAGGGAGGAGCAUUUCUGGCUCACCCACUAAAGUACGUAUCUGCAUGUGGAAACUAAUGGCACACAUGUUUUUUCUGAAAUGAGCUAGAAGUAGUUGUCUCCUAUUGCAAACUUUAGUCCAGCUAAUAAAUCCAUUAUCACACCUAGAUGCACUUUCUUGCGAACUGUUCCAAAAUAUUAAAUCUUGAAUCUCUCAAAUUAUAUUUAAAUUAAUCUGGACGCCAAAUGUCAGUCCUCAAUUAGUCAAAUUGAAUUAAGAUUAAUUUUUGAAGAUUCUAGCAUUUAUGUAAGGGCUUUAAAAAUAUAUUAUUAUUUUCUAAUUGAAAGCCGACAGCUGUAAUGUGCAAGCCAAGCAAAAGGUUCCACUCUUUACUCAAUACCAUAAUAGAAACCAACUUAAGUAAAAUGUGUUGAAUGUCUGGGUCUUCGUUUACGCUGAAGAUUUAUCUUAUGAGGAAGAUAUAUAUGGGUCAAGAAAUUCAUAAUGCAGGGAUGUUCAUCAAUUCUGUGAUAUUUUUAGUUCCAUCCACGUUUUGAAUCAAAAAUCAAUUUAGGCAUAGCAACUGUAUGUCCUCAAAUCCUGAGUGCUGAAAGGUUUCUAAGCAAAAGGAGUUAUAACGGUAUUUUUAUUGUGAUAUGUGUUCGAUUCUCGAUUGGAUUAUUUUACUUUGCGUUUUAAAAUAAUUUUAGCCUGAGUCUAUUUACCAUCCAAUGUUUUUAUUUUCUGUAAAAAAUCGAGGGCCCUUCUUGCCGUUUCUUGUUUUAUCUGUAGGUGAAAUUCACCUUUGCGGUUGGCAGAAAAAACCCCCUCAAUCAUUGCCAAAGAAAUUUUCCACAUGGAAUGGCUAUCGCUAAAAUAAUCAUUUUUUUUUACGUGAUUAAGUAAUUUUUUCUAAAUUUCAGAAAAAUGUCACUUAUGGUUUUAUUCGUCUAUCAUUGUACAUAUUUUUUGAUGGAAGGUUAGUCAACCUCUCACUGUGUAUACUGAAAAAACUGUAAAUUUGGAAAUGAUUUAAUGAGUAUUAUAUCUUGUGUAUACUGAGUUGACUGUACAUUUUUAAUGAUUUUUAUGAGUAUUAUGUUAAGUAUUGUGUCAAGUGCAAAUCCGUGCUCAGGACUUUUUAUUUAUGAAAUGUAUCAAAAUAUGUACAGGUUUGUGCUUAUGUGUUUUUAAAGUUGAUGUUUACAAUUUUAAAGGAACCUAGCUGUCACUCAAUUUUCCUAGCUUAAUCUCAAUACAUACUGAGGAGAAUUGUUGACAACAGACAAAGCAUUAAAUUUCAAGCAGCAUUAGAGCAAAAAUUGUGAUCACCAUGAAAAGUCACACGUUGCAAAAAUGUGAAUCUUGUUUUAUGUGAAGGGGUUGCUCUUCGUGCAUUCUUCUCAGUGAAGGAUUUGUACCUACGAUGGGUUUGUAAAAGAAAAAUGUACAGUAAAAGUAAUAAAGAAAUAAAUCAAAUAAGAUUAUCAAAA